CAGAAUCCCUCCCGGAUUACGGGGAGGGGGGAAUCACCCUCGAGACGGUCAACCCCCCUGAGAGCCGGGCCCUGCGCGGGGUUCGACCCUGCAUUAUCGGUCGAAAAACGUCUUUUUUAUUCUCUCUCUCUCUCUCUCUCUCUCUCUCUCUCUCUCUCUCUCUCUCUCUCUUACUCUUUCCUUCUCCUUCUCCCUCUCGCUCUACGUCCCCCUGUACCUUGCCGCUUUCCACCACCACCCUACCGCUACCACUAGCAGCAGCACUCCACCAUCAUGCCGCGUACGUCGCUAUGGAGGAGAGGAUCACCUCCCGUGAUCCGUGCCGCGCUUUUUCCUACCCCUUCGUUCUCUCCCCCUCGGCAAAUUGAUCUCGAAUUCCAUCUCCCCCUCCCGCCUCUCCCGGCGACGACGCUCCGCGGAGAACGAGCCUCAGAAAAGGAGUAUCGGAUCUCGCUCUGUCUCUCCCAUGGCUUCUGGCUUUUACUCCAUUUCUCGGCGCCCUGGCGCCGCUGUGUGCACAUUGCCGCUGGCGGCGCGCCGCCGCCAUGUGCUCGCGCGCCGAUCGCAGCGCGCGAUCGGCCGAUGAUGCGGACGGAUGCCGGCUGAUUUGUCGUUCAUGCCGUUCGUGGCAUUCAUGUCGGGAUUAGUCAUCGCACGAGGAUCCCGGAUGAAUCCAUUCCGCCUUUUCCUGUGUCUCGUUUUAGGAGACGCGCGAGACGCUUAUAACCGUGGGAACGUGGUUCUUAAUCGAGAGCGGGUCCGUUCUUUUCGGACGCUGGAGAGAGAGAAGGUUUUCCUUCCAAUGCGUCUGAUUAUCAGCUGUCUGAUCCUCGUCGGAAUUCGUUAGAAGUUACAUGGGUCUAAUCGUUGUUAGUAAAAUAUACAGUACGAGAUCUCUGUUGCCAGAUAAAAAGAGCUGUUUCUAAAGCGACCGAGGAAAAGCGUUACAAUCCUGAUCGAUUCUUUUAAUUGAAAUAUCGAUACGCGACAAUGCUGCGGGAACCACGUGUAUUAUACUUCAAAGGACUGUGAGCUGAAAAAACUGGCAAGGCAAGAAUGUUCGAGCAGACUGAUGUCGAUUGAGAAAUUUUUCUCUUUUCUAUUAUUACUUAUUCCCUGUUAUAGCCUUGCUAUUACGAGUCCAACUGACGGCAGAAACAAUUCAGCAUGAGCAAUAGAGUCAUUUUUGAAAAUUUUUUUAUUAUUUUAAAUAACAUUAUAAGUUCUAAGAAUAUUAUAAAAAAUAUAAAUAUUUGUAAUAGAAUUAUUAUGACAAUGCAAAAUGAACUUAAAAAUAAGAAGAGUUUGAAAAGCGCCAGAAUGCCCGCCAUUGGUUCAUGACGUCACUAUACAUGAUGUAUAUAGGAUGCGUUCAGGGAGCUCACUACUAGCAUUAUUCUGUCAUUCUGUAUCAGUCAUUAGACCACAUUAGACGUAAAACAGGAAUAAAAUAACGCGAUAACGUUGGUAGCAUGCUCCGCGAAUGUAGCCAUAGUUUAACAUAAACAGUUGUAAUGACAGAAAGUACAAUAAAACGAAAAGGUAUUUAUAAGUACUGUUUUGUGCCAGGAUGUUUAAGUACGACAAUAAAAAAUCCUUGUAAAAUAUUCGUGUGUGUCCCAAAAGGGAAAAUGCGAAAAAAAUGGAUAAUACAAGUUCGACGUGAUCCCAAUAAAACAUCAUUGAUUGCGCCUUUUUAUUGUUGCGAAGAUCAUUUUGAUUUGCAACAAGAUUUAGAAAAUUAUAUGCGAGUUAAACUCGAUCAAAAUGCAGCAAUACUCCUUAAAAAAGGAGUACUUCCUCGAUUUUUUGAUUGUCAGACAGAUAGAAAACGAGCAUCAUCUUCGACACCAGUAAGAUCAGCAGUUAAAAAGCUCAGACAACAAUGUAUUUUACAGGAAUUAAAUAAAGAAGAAAUUGAUAAAAGAUCUGUUUCUCAAGAAUCUCAAAAUAAUUCAACAGACAUUGAUUUUCCAACAACUGAAUUUAACAAUUUAAUAUUAAAUGACACAUUGAAUUUAAAAGAAACAGAAUCUAUAGUAAAACAUAAAGGCAUUCAAGUAUCUAGGAGACCUCUUUAUCGCAGUGUUCAUACGUAUUGUAAUAUUAUGCCCACAUCUACAACGCGAGAAGUAAAAGAUGCAGCUUGUUCUCCUAUUAAAAGCAAUAAACUACAAGAUAAUUUAAAAUCUUCAACAUCAACAAGUAUAACUGCAAGUACUACAAAAGAUUUAAAUGAUACACUGGAAGAUUGUGACGAAUAUUUACCUUAUUCUGAUGAGAUAAGUGAAGAAGCUUUAAAACAAAGCAAAAAAGAUAUACAAGAACAAACAUUAACAAUGCGAAAAUCACGUAUUUUGAAUAAGCCUAAGGUAUAUAUUGGUAUGCAAAAUAAUGCAUUAUUUAUUUUAAAAUUGCUUGCAGAUGAAGCUGAUAUAAAGUUGGAUGAUAUUUAUUUAACUUUAGAAAAAAUUAAACUUAAUCAUUCUUUUAUAAUUUUGGGUGACGAAUAUGGAAAAAGUCCUAGCAAUGCAAAUACUAUUUUCAGAAAAACCAUCCCUAUUUUGGCACAUUAUUUGAAAAAGUUUAUAUUUUGGCCUUCUCAAAAAAGUAUAAAAGCAUCUUUACCUCUUCCUUUUCGUGCAAGAUACAACAAUGUACAGUCAAUAAUUGAUUGUUUUGAAAUUGAAAUUCAAAAACCAAGUAAUCCAUUAUAUCAAGCACUCACAUGGUCCGAAUAUAAAAAAUGUAAUACAAUCAAGUAUUUAAUCUCAGCUACACCUGAUGGAACGAUUAACUUUAUAUCAGAAGGUUUCGGAGGAAGAACUACAGAUGCUACAAUAGUCGAAAAAAGCCAAUAUUUAAAUGUACUUCCACCUAACUGUAAAAUUAUGGCAGAUCGGGGCUUUAAACAUAUAGAAUGUCUAUUACAGAAAAAAGGAUGCACACUUAUCAGGCCAUCUAGUGUUUCAAGUAACACAAAUCUAACAAAAUCUGAAGUUAUAGAAACAAGACGUAUAGCAAGUUUACGAAUUCAUAUAGAACGAGUGAUUGGAAGAUUGAGAGAUUUCGAGUUUCUUACGCCUCAUGCAGGAAUUCCUUAUCAAACGUUGGACAUUAUUGAUGAAAUUGUAUUAAUUGUAGCAGCUUUAAUAAAUUUGCAAACGCCCAUAAUUGCACAAUAAAAAAAUAUUAAAAAAUUUUGUCAAAGAA